GCGAGAGAAGAGACGGAUGUAAGGCCUAUCCUGUUGAAAAGUGGGGUUGCUUUGGCUCUGUUUUAGGUUGGACUCCUCUACCAUCGCAUCCGAACCAGACGAGUCCAACCCAAGCUGCCUCCUUCGACGGGUGGCCCUUCAGAUCGCGGUGGCGAGGCUCAUUCCGAAGGUCAGAGGACUGGGCUUUCAUUUAAGUUUGUUCAAUAGUUUAACUCUAUUAUCUAGUGUUCAUAGAUACUUUCCUCCUCUCAAUCACCAGCUCGUGUUCCUGGACUCCGACGUUUUUUUAUUUUUUCCUUCAUGAGAAAAUUUCUCGUCAAUGCUUGUUGGGUCACACCCUCCGGCCUCUAGACCUUGUUUUGCACCAGCGUUUGUCUUCUGAAAGUUCCAGAGCCUCACCUUUUUUUUUUGUUUGAUUAAGUACAUGUGUUUUAUGUUGUUCCUUAAGUUUAUAGGUGCGGACACUAUAAAUUGAUGAGGGCUGACCAAAGACGCCCCCAUAUUUUCAGUUUACUUAGGCUUCGACUUCUACUCGACUUGACUCUGAAUGUUGAGCCUCUGGUGGGCUCAUCAUCCCACCCAAGUCUGUAAAAUCUUUUGUGAAAUCUUUGAUGGCAGUAGACGCAGCUACAAUGACACGGACUAGUUCAGAAACAGGAUCCACCACCAAUGACACAUCGGGACCUCUGUUUGAUGUGUUCUUGAGCUUUCGAGGACUGGAUACUCGCUUGAACAUCACGGAUACCCUCUAUUAUGCCCUGCUAGAUGAGGGUAUCCAUGUUUGCAUAGACAAGAAGGGAAUCGAUGUCGGUGACGAGAUCGGCCCUGAGAUUUACCAGGCCAUCGAUGACUCGAAAGUCUGCAUUCCCAUCUUCUCGACAGGCUAUGCCUCCAGUAGGAGGUGCCUAUGCGAGCUGGAACACAUGAUGAAGCGUAGGAGAACCCACGGACCGGAGGUUAUGCCCAUUUUCUAUGACGUGGAACCUUCUGUUGUGAAGCUUGAAACCGGAGCAUAUAGGGAUGCAGUGACUCAGCAUAAAAGAGAACGUGGGGAUGAGACCGUGCAGGACUGGGAGGAGGCGCUCAAGGAAGUUACUAAAAUCAAGGGAUGGGACACCAAAAACACCGGGUAUGUUAACUCAUCAACUCCAUCUUCCAUUUUCUCUCUGUUUCUUCUGCUUGAAUACUGAAUAUAAUUUGAAUAGCCAAAUUUUUUAUUUAGACUUUUCACUUUUACACACUGUAAUAUACUAAUAUCUACUGUGGAAAAACUUAAAAAGAAAUGCGAAAGAAGGAUAGAAUGAAGCAAGCAGCUUCUCUGCUUCUAAUUGGCAAAAAGGAGGAGAGAGAGUAGAAGAAUAGUGGUCGUUGGCUUGCUCUAAUGGUGCCAUACUCCGCCGAUCUUCCCGGCAGCAUGUAUGGCUGCUCUCUAUCUCUCUCUCUCUCUCUUCAAACAGUCCAUGAUCAAUUGUGCAAAAUCACGAGACCGAUCAUCAUGGCGAGGCGACCUCAUAUAAGUAGAUCUAUGUGUUCCUAAUGUCUCUCUGCGGCUGGUGGGAGGACUACACUUGCAGAUUGUAAACGUUUUCAUCUAUUUUGGUGCCCUACUUCCUCAUCCUCUUUCAGAUAUUGCUCUUUCCC